CCGGAUUGGAACCCGGAGCCAAUUGGAGCAAAGCCCAUUGUUUUGGGGAUACCCUAAAAGGACUGGGAUGCCGCCUCUUCCUUCCUUCCUGAAGCCCUGAAACUGACCCCUGAUCCUGCCCUUGACUGGGAAACAUUGGAGCCGGAACUGGGAAAACAGUGGAACUUAAUGAUCCAGAGUUUCUUCAUCAGCGGAAAGUGGACAUUUGAGUCGUGCCAACUAUUUGGACCCUCAAGACUCAGACUUGCGUUCCUUUGGGUGACUUAAACUGCACAAGCGACGUCGUCGUCCGCUGCAAAAAGCUGCUCCAAACAACAUGGGCCAGGCCGCCAGCAUCCCACCGGGGAGCCCCUUGGACCUCAUGUGCCGGUUAUGGGACACGGGGCGAUGGCGGAGGCACGGUCUGCGUCGGAGAAAGAUGAUCAAGUUGUGCACCGAGACGUGGCCCGGAUACAACGCAUGGAUCGAAAACCCAGAGGAGCAUUGGGGACCCUCGGGAUCCUUCGAACCAGGGCCUCUCCGGGGGAUCCGGUGCCAACUACUAAAGCAUCACCUCAGCCAGUUGGAGUACUUGGCUUUGUGGGAAACGGUCAGUAAGGAAAGGGCUGCCCUUCAUCAGGAUGUUUCGGAGGCAAAGAACACCCAUAAGGAAGACUCCCCAGUUUUGGGUGUCAACGAGAGGUCGAAAACUCGUCGUGCGCCGCCGCCACCACCUCCUGUUGCAUUGCCACGUCCAUCGCUGGCUCCCAAUGCGGUGCAAACAUCUCCAGCUCCUGUUGCAUUGGCACCACCACCAUCAGCUUCCAGUGUGAUGCCACCAUCUCCAGCUCCUGUUGCAUUGCCACGUCCAAGGCGAGCUUCCAAUGUGGUGAAAACAUCCCCAGCUCCUGUUGCAUCACCACCACUAUCACCAGCUCCCAAUGCAGUGCCAACAUCUUCAUCUCCUGCUGCAUUGCCAUGUCCAUCACCAGCUCCCAAUCUGGUGCCAACAUCUCCAGCUCCUUUUGCAUUGGCACCACCACCAUCAGCUUUUAGGGCGGUGCCACCAUCUCCAGCUCCUGUAGUGUUGUCACCACCAUCUCCAGCUUCUAUUCAAUUGUCACCACCAUCACCAGCUCCCAAUAUGGUGCCACCAUCUCCAGCUUCUGUUGCUUUGCCACCACCAUCACUAGCUCCCAAUGUGGUUCCACCAUCUCCAGCUUCUGCUCCAUUUUCAUCACCAUCACCAGCUCCCAAUGUGGUUCCACCAUUUUCAGCUUCUGCUCCAUUUUCAUCACCAUCACCAGCUCCCAAUGUGGUUCCACCAUCUUCAGCUUCUGCUCCAUUUUCAUCACCAUCACCAGCUCCCAAUGUGGUUCCACCAUCUUCAGCUUCUGCUCCAUUUUCAUCACCAGCUCCCAAUGUGGUUCCACCAUCUUCAGCUUCUGCUCCAUUUUCAUCACCAUCACCAGCUCCCAAUGUGGUUCCACCAUCUUCAGCUUCUGCUCCAUUUUCAUCACCAGCUCCCAAUGUGGUUCCACCAUCUUCAGCUUCUGCUCCAUUUUCAUCACCAUCACCAGCUCCCAAUGUGGUUCCACCAUCUUCAGCUUCUGCUCCAUUUUCAUCACCAGCUCCCAAUGUGGUUCCACCAUCUUCAGCUUCUGCUCCAUUUUCAUCACCAUCACCAGCUCCCAAUGUGGUUCCACCAUCUUCAGCUUCUGCUCCAUUUUCAUCACCAUCACCAGCUCCCAAUGUGGUGCAAACAUCUCCAGCUCCUGCUGCGUUGCCACCAUCACCAUCACCACCAGCUUCCAUGGGGCCAGCGGAGAAGUUGGCUACUCCAAGCCCUCUCCAAAACGUGACCACCACUUUCGACACCAACAAAGCCAUUCAAGUUUCCCAUUCCUCAAAGACCACCAUGAGCUCCUCAUUGGAGGACUUGGAGACACAUCAGCAAGAGGUCUUGAAUAGGCACAUCUGGUUGUCGUGGGACUUGGAAGAGUGCAAGAAAUUGGCUGGAACUUUCGAGACCGAUCCGCUCUCGGUCAUCAAUUUACUGGAAAUAAUGUUCUCCUCUUACAAGCUGAGUUACAAGGGUUGGGAGCAACUGUUGGCCAGGAUGUUGACCCGAAAAGAGCUCGAUCGCCUCCGGGAAGAAGAGCGCAAGUGCUACGAUGGAGGCUGGUGGGGAGAAGGGAAGAGAUUGGCGAGAGACGGCCUUCGGGGAGAAGCGGACCAGGUCCGGAUGGAGAUGGACCAGAAACGGUUGUUGUCGCACUUGAGGAAGAUGGGGAAAGAGGGAAAGUGGAGCAAGGUCAUGGCUUGCCGGCCGGAGCAUAACGAGUCUCCUGGACAGUUCUGGAGCCGGUUUCUUCAAGUGGCCAAGUUGGCUUGUGUGGACAUAGACGAUCCUAAUGACCAGUUUAUGCUGAAAUUCCGCUUUGUCUAUCAAUCUCAUGAGUUCAUCCGGGAAUAUUUCGAAGAACACUGUCCCGGGUAUUGUUCAUACAGCACUGAGACGUUGUUGGAGGUGGCCCAUUCCGCUUGGGAAGAGGAGAAGGAGAAGGAGAAGCAGAAAGAGGAUGAGCGGAUGGCCGAGAUGGUCAAGACGGUGGUCCGGGAAGUAUACGGGAACCGAGGGGGUCGGGGCGGAGGGAGAAGAAGGGGAGGAAGAGGAGGGUGGAGGAACGGGGCCUGUUACCUGUGCGGGAAGAUGGGCCACUUCAGGCGAGAUUGUUACUGGAACACAGGGAGGCGGUGGUAGUUGAAAGAGACCCCCAAAGGCUAUCUAGUCUACCCCACUCCCCAAUAUAAGUAGAUAGGUGACAAUCGUAGAAUCGCAGAACUGAGAGAGAUCUCACUGGCCAUCCAGUCCAACCCCAUUCAGCCAUUCAGGAAGACACAACCCAAUCCCUCCCGACAGAUGGCCAUCCUGUUAGCAGGUGUGUAUAGCGGAACCAGCAGCGUCCAGUUAACACCAUGUGCAAAGGACUCAGACCAGGCAGAGGAAUUGAAAGAACAAAGAAACUUUACUUGUUGAGUUGAAGUUAAAUAAACAGUUCAGCAAUUGUACAA